UCUCUCUUUCAUCAGACGUGCCUCGAGAUGGAGCGAUACCUGAAGGACGAACCCAAACUGAAGUCGUACCGCAAGCUGGACACCGAGCUCGACCAUCCGUGGAGCCGAUUCAUCAUUCCCAAGGACUGCGACUCGAAAGCCAACUCGACCGACGACUCCGACUCGGAGACGCGCCUGGGCGGACUGGCGAGCCUUGACAUCAACGAUCGACACCUUGACAGCGUCAGUCUCAGCUCCGCCUCCAGUUCCAUGUCUUGGGACAGCAGCGGCGAGCCGCACGAACAUUCCCCGGGAGGAGGAAGAGGAGCGGCGGCCGUGGCGGCGGCGCGUUCGCCCGUGAAACUGUCUCGCAUGGACGGGAGUCCAGACGCGCGCCGGCGGAUACACAAGUGCCAAUACACGGGGUGCAAGAAGGUCUACACGAAGAGCUCUCACCUGAAGGCGCAUCAGCGCACGCACACAGGUAAGCAGGCUCGCGGGGGAAG